GAUGGCUUCAAUUCGCAAUUGCUUUAUUCUUCUAUCGUUAAAUUUACUCUACCUAAACCAUACAAAGUCUUUAUCAUGUUCAAAAAAACUCGAUGCUAAACAAUCAAUUGAAAACUGCGAUCAAAGUUUGAACAUUACUAAGUUGAGGUUUCUACAAAGAACCAAUCCAUUUGAUUUAUUAAACCCGAAAUUGCAAAAGACGUCGAAACCCGAAUCCAUAAAUAAAUCGAAAAAUGAUACACAAUCAUGUAAUUCGGGCCUCAGUGGAUCUUCUUGUCGUGAUGAACGUAAAGUUAAAUCAAGUCGGUUCUAUUCUGAUGCUAAUAUUGCUGAUGGUAAAUCUAAUGGCAAGUGUGGUGGUGUUUUGAAUUCACCAAACGGAAUUGUGACCUCGCCGAAUUAUCCUAAUCCAUUCAAUGUUCCUGGUGAAUGUCUUUGGAAGAUUAAAACAUCGGAUGGAUCUCGUUUGGUUGUUAAUCUAACUGAUUUGGAAUUAGAUUCUUCUCUUAAUUGUACUCAAAAUGUGUUAAUCAUUUACGAUGGACCAACUGAUCAAGACUCUCAACUAUUAGUUGCUUGCAAUCAGAAACAGCUUGAUAAUAAUUUAAUUACUUCAAGAGGCAACGAGUUGACAAUCAAGUUGAUCACAAAUGAAUCAACAAGUUAUGUCAAAGGUUUUAAAUUUUCUUAUCAAAUUGAUUGUAAUAAUUUCAUUGAAGGUAUAAGUGGAUCAAUAGAGAGUCCAAUCAACCAGAGCUCAAAGGUUCUUAAUUGCUCUUGGACAAUUAAAGUACCAAAAGGAAACAAUAUAAGUUUGGUUAUUGAAAAGUUUAAAUCAGUUGAUUCAUCAUGUUCAUCAAGUUACUUAUCAUUUAUUGGUAAUCAAUCAACCAAAACCUUCUGUCAAUCAGUUGAUUACACAGAUUGCGACCCAAUUUUAAUCACUGAAAAUCAAGUACAGGUUAACUUUGUUAAUCUUAAUCCUGAUAAUCAAUCAUAUUUCCGAUUAGAGUGGAAACUAGUUGGAUGUGGAGGUGACAUUCAUGAAAGUGAAGGUGAAUUGUUCUCUCCAAAUUAUCCUGAUUCUUAUCCAAACGGACUUAAUUGUCUGUGGACUAUUCAUGGUAAACCAAGUGAUAUCAUCAAAAUCUUCAUAAAUGAAUAUCAUAUUGAGGAAGGUGACUCAUUGCAGAUAUUUGAUGGACCGAGCACAAGGUCACAUCGCCUUGUUUACUUAGCUGGUCGUCUCCUAAAGAGAUUGAAAAUCACGUCAAUCAGAAAUCAAGUUACGAUAUUUUUUCAAGUCGAUGAUAUGUUCAAUGGAAAAGGACUUAGAUUAUUUUUUUCGACUACAACAAAUGAUUGUCAUAUUAUCUAUCCGUCAACUGAGAGUUCAAUUUCAUCACCUAGUUAUCCGAAUCGAUUUUCUGGACCGAUCAAUUGUAAUUGGUAUCCACAAGACGAUUUCAGGAAUACAUUCAUCAAAAUUACGUUUGAAGAUCUCGAUAUACCCUGGUCAGUCAAUUGUACCGAACACUAUGUGAGUCUUUUGAAUAUGCGAGGUUUGGAACUUGGUCGAUUCUGUGGUAACUCAUUACCAAAUACUUCAUUUAGAUCUAUUUUCGAUAAUGCAAUAAAAAUUGUAUACUUUUCAAAAAGCUGGCACAAAGGACGAGGUUUUAAGGCCAAUAUUCAGCCAAUCUGUCGCUCAAAAGAGUACAUUUAUGGUUCUUUAACGGAACUGAGUCAUUCUGCUCAUCAACCGAAAUCAGAAAAUAAUGAAAACUUUUUGUGUAUCUAUGACUUUGUUUCCAUUGGCUCGUUCAACAAGAGCCUUUUAACGUUUGUCGAUUUUGCUAUAAAAUCGCAAUCUGGAAGUUACAUAGAGUUGCAAGACGAAGGCUCGAAUUAUCCAACAAGAACCAUUCGAUACAAUAGCUCUUCUUCUGUGUUACCAUCUCACAUUUUAGGUAAAUCAUUUAAGGUCUCUGUUAGAGGUCAUGUUUUGUUCAAAGUUUUGUACUCUCAGUAUGUUGAUUCAUGUUCAUAUGAACUAAACAGUUGGGAAGGAACAAUUAGUUCACCAGAAUAUCCAAACGAUUAUCCUCCCUCUCGAACUUGUGUUUGGAAAAUUAAUCUUGCUCCAGGCAAUCUAAUCUCAUUGAAGUUUCAUUCAUUUGAUAUUCAAUAUGAUCAAUUCUGUGCUUUGGAUCAUUUGGAGAUUCGAGAAGAAAAUGAAUCAGGUAAACUCAUUGGCCGAUUUUGUGGAUCAAAUUUACCUCAAUUAAACUCGACUCAAUAUUAUCCAAGUCUAUGGAUUAGAUUUAAAUCUCAUGCUAAUGGUUCAGCUUCUGGAUUCAAAGCUUCAUACAAAACAAUCAAAGAUGUGAAAAUUAACUCGGACUCUGGUAAAAUUGGGUCAUUUGCUUAUCCAAGAUUAUUUUCAUCAGAAAACAAUCAAAGUUGGACAAUUAAGACCAGUGACUUUAAUAAGAUUAAGUUUAAAUUGGAAUCAAUUGAUAUUCUUGACGAUUCGUUCAACGGCUCAUGUACUAAUUCAAGUGUCACAAUUUAUGAUGGUCCAUCAGAGAACAGCUCGAUUCUCGGUCAGUUUUGUGGUUAUCGUGCUGAUGACAAUCCAAUUUACACAACUCCUUCAAUCGCCUAUGUCCAUUUCAAGCCAAACUUUUACAUUUCUAGAUUCUUAUUGAGCUGGACAUCGUUCCAAAGUGACAUUGCACCUCCACUUAUUGCUGAUUUUAAUCACCCAUGUAAAUACACUGCGAGUCUUAAAAUGAACCAAAAUACAACGUUACUCUCAAGUUUUUAUCCAGAUGGUGUCAAUUGUAGUUGGGCCAUUUCAAGUCCCAUUGGAACUCAAUUACAAGUCGAAAUCAAUGAGAUGGAUGUUAAGUCCUCGUCACAUGAAAAAUGUACUAAUAAGAACGGAGUCUCUUUUUAUGAUUAUAGUUUCGACCAUCAAAAAGCUUGGAAAAUCAAUAGAAUAGUUUGCGAUUCAAAAGAAAAACUAUUCACUCUCCAUGGUAAUCAAUCGUUGAUCACAUUCUUCAACUAUGGCGGCUUAUCAACCGAACUAAAAGGGUUCAACAUUACAGUGAGACCGAUUUGUGGUGGUACAUUUUAUGAACCAACUGGUAAUAUUGAUUCAUCUUUACUUGGACCAUUCGAAACUUGUUCAUGGAAAAUCGUUGUACCAAAAGGUCAACGAGUUGAAAUUAAAUUCAAAUCUUUUAACUUGGGUUCGUAUGACGACCAUUGUUCUAAUGGUUAUUUAAGUAUUCGCAAUGGUGACUCACCUAACUCUCGAUUCAUUGGACACUAUUGUGGGUCUAACUUACCUAAGAAAAUAAUAUCAGCUUCGAAUCAACUUUUCAUAUCAACUUAUGUUCCUGCAUCAGAACAAUUUGAAUUUUCUUUGUCUUAUCGACAAGUCUCAACUCCAUGUGAACUUUACGUCGAACUAAACCAAUCAAGUCCAUCGGCUAUACUUCAGCUCCCUGGAUACCCUCACCCUCCUGUCGAAUAUUCUGAGUGUUAUUGGGUCAUUAAAGCACCAAUCAACAGAGUUAUUAGAAUUGAUUUCGAAAUACCAGAUCACGAUGUUGGAUGCAAUUUAAAUACAACUCAUAUUGAUAUUCACGAUGGUUCUACUCAAGUUGCUCCUAAACUUGGUCGAUUCUGUCCAAUAGCUCGAACAACAAGUGUCGUUUCAUCAGAUAAUCGGAUGUUCAUUCACUUUCUUUCCAAAGGAGGGGCUGGCUCUAGUUCGUUCAAGGCAACAGUGAAUCUUCAUGUUUGCGGUGGUAAUUUUGUUGUUCAUGAGAUAAGCACAAUCCAAAGUUUAUCUUAUCCUAAGCCAUAUGAUUCCAACCUAACAUGUAAUUAUUACAUUUACUCAGCAAAAAUGUCUGAAAUGUUGACUUAUCAAUUUGAAACAUUCGAUUUACCUUCAAAUGAGAACUGUAGCUCAGGUGAUUACUUGGCAAUUCAGGAAUUUGACCCAUCGGGUAAACUUCUCAGUAAAGUAUGUGGUACACAAGAAUCUGAGGGAGAUAUCAUGAGACCUAAUGUCAAUCAACUAUUCAUGGUCUUCAAAUCAGAUUCCGUGAUUGCUGGUAAAGGUUUUUGGGUUUGGUUCGAUUAUACUGUGGAUGCGGACUGUGAUGUAUUUUGGUCAGAAGACUCAGGAGUUAUUAGCUCUCCUCGAUUCCCUGGCAUCUAUCCAGGUCCUAGAAAUUGCACAUUUGCUUUCAUCGGUCAACCUGAUAAAAGAAUCACUCUCAACUUUACAAAUUACAAUCUAAAAUCAGCUGAUAGUUUAUGUCUUGAUAAAAUACUAAUUGAUUACAAUCCUGAUAUAUUGAUAAAAUCCAAGUCAUUUUUCAGCUUGGCAAUGACAUCAAACAAUUUUACACUUCCUUGUGAAUCAAAACCCACUAAUUAUGUAAUUGAAUCUCCAAACAACGUACUUGUAGUUUACUUUGAAACUCAUUCUGGUCUAGAUUCUGGUCAAGGUUUUAGAGCUGAAUACAGUAAAGAUAGACCAACAGAAUGUGGUGGAAUAAUUAACUCCGAUUCAACUUCGAUCAUUUCGAAAAACUUUUCCCAGCCCAUUGAUGAUUCUAGAAUUUCAUGUGUUUGGUUUAUUGAAGCUGCAACAGAUGAGAAUUUAGGCUCAAACGAUAAAGUUACACCUUGGAUAACAUUUGAGAAGAUUGAGGUAUUGGGAUCAGCUGAAAAUGAUUCAAUUUGCUCUGAUGGAAAAAUUACACUUGGAUUUGCUCAAGGUUCACUUUUACCAAUCGCAAAUCUUGAAUUGUGUGGAAACAGUUCUGAGGUGAUAACAGCUAUUUAUCCUGUUUCAUUUUCAUACUAUAAUCUCCUCAGUGCCUCUUUCAAUCGUACUCGAGGUUAUCGCGGGUUCGAAGCCACUUAUCACAUGAGUAAAUGUGGUGGAUCCUUGAGUUCAGGUGAAAGUAAUGUAACAUCACCAGGUUGGCCUGAUGAAAACUAUCCGAUUGAUACAGUUUGCGUUUGGACUCUUAUCAAUCAAGAUUAUGGUGAAACUAAUACACAAAUACAGCUCGACUUUAGAUCAUUUGAACUUGAAGACGACUGCUCGAAAGAUUAUUUAGAAAUCUAUGAGUUUGAUGCACGAGGAUUGAAUAAACUCGGUCGAUAUUGUUCCAAAAACAAACCACCAUUCAUAUGGACAUAUAAAAGUGGCAUUUCAAUCGUAUUCAAGAGUGACAAAGACACACCAAGAAAAGGGUUCAUGUUUAACAUAAAAACGAUAAAAAGCACUUGUGGUGGAUACAGAACAAGUGGUCACGAAAACUACGCACGAGCUCUUUCCCCUUACAAAGCUGAUCAACAUUGUGAAUCAAUAUUAGAAGUCGAUCCCAUGUCCCAACUUAAUUUGACUUUUGUCAAUCGAUUCGAAAUCGAAGACUCAGUUAAUUGUUCUAAAGAUUAUCUCGAUAUUAAUGAAUGGAGAAACAACUCUUGGCAUCAUUUCGGUCGAUAUUGUGGGUACAAUUCACCAGGAUCGAUCAUCUUCAAGGAGAAUAGAGGUCAACUUAUAUUCCAUUCAGACGGAGAUGAUCGUCGGGGAGAUGGAUUCGAUUAUAUUGUUACAAAAUAUUGUCAAUUAACCAUUGAUAAAAGAGGAAAUGGGACAAUUGAAAGUCCUGAUUAUCCAAAUUACUACGGUAUCAAUUAUUGCGAAUGGACUUUUAAGGGAGAAGAACCAAAUGAUACGAUCCAUGUGCAUUUUAAGCAUUUCGACAUUGAUUCUGAAGAGUCCUGUGAUGGUAAUUAUCUAGAGCUGGUGAAGAAAAGUGCCACAGUUAAAGGAAAUCUGGUUCGGAGAUAUUGUUCUAAGAACUCCCCUAAACAUAUAUCGUCUAAAGGAAGUUUAAAGAUUAUUUCGAUGUCAAAUAAGGCUAGUUUGUCGAAGGGAUUUACCUUCGAUUAUCGAAUAAUUCAAUCUCAAUAAUUCAACUUUGCUAUCUAUCUAAUAAAUUUGACAGUUAUUAGAAUAAAAAUCUGUGAAUA